AAAGCCUUCCACCUCCUCUCAACCACACACACACACACACACACACACACACACACACACACACACACACACACACACACACACACACACACACACACACACACACACACACACACACACACACACACACACACACACACACACACACACACACACACACACACACACACACACACACUUCUAGAGCGCACUGUGAAAACUUUCCCCUGCAACUGCUGAAUAGGUUAGUGCCUGCGACAGGACAGCGCCGAGUGGGAAGAGACAGUGAAAGCGGAACGCAUAGCCGGUUACUAGCUGCCUGGGGUUCGGGAAUGGCGGAUAGUCGGAAUGGUCCAUUCCCUCCUUCCGAACCGCACAUGUGAACCGAACCCCGUCUCCUGCGGGUCGAUUUUGUUACGUAGUAGGAGGCAAAGGACAGUAAAGAGCGAGAAAAAGACGAUUGACGUAUCUAAGACAGCCAGUCGACACCACUCUCCUCUCAUCUCGAGAUGGUCUGCGCGCCAGGACAUCGAUGGUUCCUACUUACCGCUCUCUUGCACGCUGUUGCACCCCUGGACAUCCGCGAGAGACCAAGGCAAUGUGACCCACCGAAGUCGCAAAGUGACAUGAACUCAUUCCUCUGGACAGUGAAGCACCCAGCUCCCUACCCUCCAUCCUAUCUUUUCGGGACCAUCCAUGUUCCCUACACCCGUGUAUGGGACUUUAUCCCAGAUGUCUCCAAACGGGCCUUCCAGACCAGUGCCAACGUAUUCUUCGAGUUGGACCUGACCGACCCCCUGACUAUCUCCAAGCUGACCAGCUGCCAGCUGCUGCCCCACGGGGAGAACCUGCAGACCCUGCUGCCCCGGGACCUAUAUCGCCGCCUCAAACGCCACCUGGACUACGUUAAGCACAUGAUGCCCUACUGGAUGACGGCGGACCAGCGGGGCCGGGGGCUGUACGCUGACUACCUCUUCAAUGCCAUCGCAGGGAAUUGGGAGAGGAAGAGGCCUGUGUGGGUGAUGCUGAUGGUCAACUCUCUGACGGAGUCAGACGUGAGGUCACGGGGAACACCGGUACUGGACCUGUUCCUGGCCCAGGAGGCCGACCGCAUGGGGAAGAGGACAGGAGCGGUGGAGCGGGUGGAGGAGCAGUGUCACCCCCUCAACGGACUCAACUUCUCCCAGGUGCUGUUUGCCCUGAACCAGACCCUGCUGCAGCAUGAGAGUGUAAGAGCGGGCAGUCUGCAGGGCUCCUACACCACCGAGGACCUCAUCACACACUACAACUGUGGAGACCUCAGCUCCAUCAUCUUCAACCAUGACACCUCUCAGCUCCCUCACUUCAUCAACAGUUCCCUGCCAGCCCAUGAGAAGACCACGGCACUUCAGAUUGACAACUACUUCCGCCAGGAGCUCAUCUACAAACGCAAUGAGCGAAUGGCACACCGCAUCUCCGCCCUCAUCCAGCGAAACCCCUCCCAGACCUUCUUCUUUGCUUUUGGUGCAGGUCACUUCCUGGGGAACCACAGUGUGUUGGACAUCCUGAGACAGGAGGGCUACAAGGUGGUGCACGCACCAUCACACUACCAGGAACCAAUCACAGAUUCCCACAGAGAACCAACAGAAAGCCCCAGCGAUGGGGGCUCCGAUGCGGGUACAGUCUCUCCGUCUGACUGGGUGACCAGUCCCUCAGACCUGGAUGAUGGGCUGGAGGGGCUGGAGGAUGAGGAGCUGCCCCACAUGCUGUUGCCAGACAGCCUGAGCCAGCUGGAGGAGUUUGGGAGACACAAGCGCCCCCGGAAGGCCCACCGUGGUCACAGCCGCCCCCGCCUCUUCAGUGACCUGUGGGUCCGCAUUGGUGACAGCACCACACCUCCUCAGCCUAAUGUGAGGAUAACCAAUGGCUACGUGACAGUGGAGCCCGCCCUCACCCACCAAGAGCAGCGCAGGAGGGCAGACCUCUACCCCUCCAUGGAGGCCCCCAGCAAGGCUUCCCCCUCUGCCCUGCCCACCCCCAGCUCAGCCCAGCCCAACACUGGCACCACCGACUCUCUCACCUACCUGCUAACAUUGCUUAUCACUUACCUGCUGUUCACCUCCUGACCACACAGUGGAGCUCUCUCCACACACACUGUCUCCAUACCUGAGUGAGCAUUGUUAUGUGCCAUAAUCCUAGAACAUACAAAGAUCUACAUAUAAAGAUUCUGCAAACGGGAACUGGAGGUGGAUAUUAACUGCUAUGGGCAUGGAACAUACAUUACACAGAUCAUUAGAACAUUUUCACAUUCACAGGACAUGGAUAUGAGGGUUGGGGACACCAGACCAGACCCGACCCGACCCGACCCGACCGACAGACAGACAGACAGGGACCUCUGAGACAGACCGGUCCGUCUUCAGGCUUCUGUGAAGGGAGAUGCAACAGUCUGUGAAAAGUUAUUUAAACUCACACUGUGUGGAAUAAGCUUUUACACAUGAUAAAAUGAAUGAACGGUCUAUCAGACAUCUAAUGAAAGAUACUAUAUGGCAUCUAUAUUAUGAAGUUGUCAGUUGUAGAGGCUGAGUCUUUAAACCUCAAGAAAAAAAUAUGAUAGAAUAAUGAGUAUAGCACAAGGUCUGGAACUCUCAGAGGAGUCUAGAGAGGUGUCAAACCACCUUAAAUUAAAUAUUAUUAUGAAUAAUAUUGAUAUUAAUGAUAUUAACAGCUAUAACUGUAAUAAGGUCUAAUAUCUAAUAGACAUAGGACGAGGCACACAGUGGAAGUUUUUGUAAAUUGUGCAUUUUGUUUAUAAAAAAAAAUGUGUAUAUUUAUUAUUUCUCUAAGAGUAUAUUUUAUUGCAUUUGAUCAUUACUGAAAAAUAAACUUUUGGAAAUUCCCUUA